AUGAAGCUCCUACUUUUGGCCGCGCUGCUCCUAGUGGCGGUGGAAGGAAGCGCAGAGAGAAGCCAGUGGCGGAGGUCCAAGAGGGAGCUGGCCGCCCCCCUCCACACGGGCGGCAUUCGCGACCCGCUGGGCUCGUACUGCCAGCGACGAGGCGGUUGCUGUCCGGGGAGGGACGACCUAUGCACCGUCCCGUAUUUGGACACCAUUUGCUACUGCGACCUCUUCUGCAACCGCACUGUGUCAGACUGCUGCCCUGACUUCUGGGGGCACUGUUUGGGUGUUGAGCCCCCGUUCAUCGGCUCCUGUGAAAGAAACGGGAUCAAGUUCUUCUCAGGACAAACUUACAAAGACAACUGCAACUUGUGCACAUGUGGCACCACAGGACGCUGGGAAUGUGAACAGCACGCCUGUCUGAUGGACAGCAACAUGAUCCAGGCUGUCAACAGAGGGAAUUAUGGGUGGAGGGCCGCUAACUACUCCCAGUUAUACGGUAUGACGCUGGACGAGGGCAUCCGCUACCGACUGGGCACACAAAGACCCUCCAAAUCCAUCAUGAACAUGAACGAGAUCCAGAUGAACAUGGACCCUGAAGGUGACAUCUUGCCCACCCGUUUCAACUCGGUGGAAAAGUGGCCCGGCAAGAUCCACGAACCUCUUGACCAGGGCAACUGUGCUGCCUCUUGGGCCUUCUCAACAGCGGCCGUGGCAUCAGACCGAAUCUCCAUCCAGUCCAUGGGUCACAUGACUCCUCAGCUGUCGCCGCAGAACCUCAUUUCCUGUGACACCAAGAAUCAGGGCGGGUGCGCUGGGGGCCGCGUUGACGGUGCCUGGUGGUAUCUCCGCCGCCGAGGGGUGGUGACAGAAGACUGCUACCCAUACAACCCCCCGCAGCACACGACGACAGAGUUAGCGCGCUGUAUGAUGCAGAGCCGUUCCGUGGGCCGUGGAAAACGACAGGCCACGCAGCGCUGCCCCAACGCGCACAACUUCUACCACAACGAUAUUUACCAGUCCACGCCGCCCUACAGGCUUUCCUCCAACGAAAAAGAGAUUAUGAAGGAGAUUAUGGAUAAUGGCCCUGUGCAAGCCAUCAUGGAGGUCCAUGAGGACUUCUUUGUGUACAAGAGUGGCAUCUACAAGCACACGGACGUCAGCUCCACCAAGCCGCCGCACUAUAGAAACCAUGGAACGCACUCAGUCAGGAUCACGGGGUGGGGUGAACAGCGUGAUUAUGACGGCACUCUUAGAAAGUACUGGAUUGCUGCCAAUUCGUGGGGCAAGAACUGGGGCGAGGACGGCUACUUCCGCAUUGCACGCGGCAAAAACGAAUGCGAGAUCGAGACCUUCGUGAUUGGCGUGUGGGGUCGGGUCACCAUGGAGGACAUGCACCACCACCGCCGCCGUCGCCGACAACACGUUUAG